GGUGGGUGGGAAUCGGAACUGAAAAGCAGCGGUGGUGGCUUCCUUCCUGUCCUCACCUCUUUUUCCGUCAAUGUCUCCUUUUGCAAUUAGAAAAAAGACGGAUGCUUUUCCCAGAUUUAAUUUCCAAGUUUCAGUCUUGGAAUCUCAGCUCCCAAUUCACGCCGACCCAAAUGAAUUCUUCGAUUUCCCAUCCCUAAUUUCGCUAACUGUACCUUUCUUUGCUUCCUAAUUGCCUUUUUCUUUCUCAGUUUACGCUCGAAUUUUGAAGAUCGGAGCUUUCUCUCGCUAACAUAGCUCGCCCGAUGGAUGCAACCCCAGAAAUACUGUAUCAGAAUUUGCCCGCGAGCAAUGGCCAGGCUGCUUUUGUAGUUGACCAUUCUAGCCAGCCCCAGCCAUCAGUCUGUGUUCUUUGCAGAAGAAUCCUUGCACCUGAUAAUCAUGCAGCCAGCGAUCUUGAAACUGUUAGUUUCUGUGGGGACUGCCAGUUUUUGUUACUUGAAGAUCUCGCUAAUCCAAUGCAAGGCUCUAGUCGGAGGAGACACUCUUCUAGAUCAAGAAGGAACAGGCCAAGCAGUUCUGAAUCAGUUGAGGAUCUUUUCUCACAACGAUUCUCACAUAUGAUUAAUAUGGUGAGGCGGAGUCAGUCCACUUCCUCUUGGCUUGGGGAUCAAGCUCCAGAGGGUGAUGCUGCUUCAAGGUCAUUACAGCACACUAGUUCACAUACAACUCCAAGUGAUUCUAGGAGAUGGCGCCGUGUACUCUCUGACAGUGAAAGUGAUGCUUUUGAUAAUCUGGAAUCCCUUUAUGGGGAUAGUGAAUCAAAUGUUAGUUUCAGUCAAUACAGGGUUUUCCAUGGUGACAGCGAUGCAGUUUCUUUUAGUGCCUAUGGAGGGGACUCUGAUGAUGGCCACAGUUUCCUGGAUGCAGAAAUAUUUGUCCAUCCAGAUAAUGGAAGUAAUUUUGACAGUGACAGUGAUAUCGAUCCAAUGCAUGCAGGUCUGAACCAGUGGAACUGGGAUGAUCCAGGAGAUGGUGAAGGUGAAGAAGAUGGUGAAUGGGAAGAAACUGGUAGUGAAGAAGAAACAGUUGCGAUUACAGUAUCAAGAGCUGGAAUUCCUAAUGCAAUUAUUUCAAGACCAAGGGAAAUAAAUUUUCCAGCUAACAACUUCCCUGUCAGGUUGCAUCAUCCUCGAGGUUUCCAACAAUUGCUUGACCACCUUGCUGAGGCUGACAGCUCAAGGAUGGGAGCACCUCCUGCAUCUGUAUCUUUUGUGAGAAAUCUGCCUCGUAUAAUUGUGAGUGAGGAACAUGAGAAACAUGAUGGUUUGGCCUGUGCAGUCUGCAAGGAUUCAUUAAGUGUUGGUACUGAAGUAAACCAGCUUCCCUGCCUCCACCUCUAUCACCCUUCCUGUAUCUUGCCAUGGUUGAGUGCACGAAACUCAUGUCCCCUUUGUCGCUAUGAGCUUCCCACUGAUGACAAAGAUUAUGAAGAGGGAAAGCAGAUUGUUAAUAGUAGGGUAGAGAUGCAUGAAAUCCAGGAGCAAUAUGCGAGUGAAGAUGGUUAUUCGGACAACUCUUCUGAAGCAGAAGAAGUUUGUGAACUUGGUCCAUGUGUAUCAGGGAGAAGAGGGGUCCCAGAUGUUGAUGCCACCAUGAAUACCCCUGUCAGGGAGGGUGGUGCAGAUUGGCUAUUCCAUGCUGCUGCUCCCAUUGUUAGUAUUGUGGGUAUGGUUCUUGUAUUAUGGUUAAGCAAACCUCUAAUUAGAGGAAGAGGAUCGACUAGGCGUUGCAGUCUCCCUGUUUAUGAUCGGCAUCCAAUUCAAGGUUCUAGUCCAUCCCCUCUGAACCAAAGGGGGAACAGGGGCAGGAGAUGGUUUUUCUUUUGAGCAGUUUCAUUAAUCUGGUAGAUAAAUGUAAUGACAUGUGUUAGGGUAGUUCACUCACGGUGUUAUUGGUUCUUCAUAUUCGUAUUUGUGAAUGGUUGUAUUUCAGUGUAUUGGUGAGUGCAUGAGAAUGCCAAUCUCUGCUUCUAGUUUUCAGUGCAUUAUUGCAUCAGGAGUGGAAACUGGAAAAUAGCUUUAGCUUCCUUUAAGUGUGCAGUGCUUACCUCAGAUUUCUUGCAAUUCAACUGGAAUUUUAUUAUCAAUGAAAGUUGAUAUGAUUUACCUUCAUUUAUAUCUGCUCGGUAAUGAACAACUGCUGCUCAUGAACAACUGGGAAAGUAGCAUUAACUGAGUGGUUAUAGCAGUUAAGUUUGCAUGGCAGAAGGUGUUUUUGCAUAUAUGUCCAUACAUUUUUGGGAACUCUCAAAAAAUGCAUGUCCUUGACUACAACUUUUCCUGUAUCAUGCUACCACAAAAAUUAUAGUAGCAUUUGAAUAAUUAUUUUUAAAAAUGAUUGUACAUUCUUACUAAAAUAUAGAAAAUAUAUUAAUUAAAAUUAA